CCCCAGACGUGCAUCCCACUUCACCCUAUAUUUCCCUCCCCAGUCUCCCCCAAAUUCUGAAAUUACAAAAGACCUAUAAACACACCAAUACAUACAAAUCCAAUUAAAUCAAUGGAGUUUUGGCAACGAGCUCGAAGCUUUGCCGAAGACGCCGCGAAGCGCUCGCAGGAGCUUACGCUCCAAGCGGCGCGACGAUCUCAGGAGUUCACCGCCGAAGCAGCUCGCCGAUCGCAAGAGGAAUUCUCAAUCGGAUCUUCCAAACUCUCCGACAUUGUCUCCGAAGCUACCAAGCGAUCCAAAGAGAUCGCUUCUGAAGUUAAAGUUGAGGCCAUCAAACGAGCGGAUCAGAUUAAGUCGCAGAUUCCCACGGCGUCUGUGCUUUCGCAGCUUGUAGAUCCAGCGGUGAAGGUGGACAAGGUGGAGCAUCAGGAGGAUUUGGAGACGUUUGGUGUUACGGAGGAGUUGCGAGAGUUUGUUAAAGAUAUUACGAUUAAUACGUUUAAGGAUUUUCCGAUUCAAGAUGAUUCCGAAGUGUCUGAUAUUCCCACGGUCUCAAAUAUUCGCCAGGAUCUUACAAAAUGGCAAGAAGUACAUGCCAAGCUUGUUCUUUCUACUGUAAAGGAGAUCUCAAAGUUAAGGUACGAGUUAUGCCCGCGAGUGAUGAAAGAAAGGAUGUUCUGGAGAAUAUAUUUUAUUCUUGUCAACAAUCAUGUAGCUCCGUAUGAAAAGCGAUACAAUGAAGAUGCCAAGAGGAUAUCCGCAGAAAAAGUUAAAGAUGACAUAAAGAUUUCUGAAGUUGGAACUGUUCCUAAACCAGAGAGUGGGGAAGCAAUCCAGAAAAGUAAGAGUGUAUCUUCAGCAGCCACUGAGCAGGACCUGGAUGUAUUUCUUCUAGGUGAUCACGGUGACAGUGAUGAUGGUCAAGAUGACAAGGACGACGGAUAUGAUGAUGAUGAUUUUGACAAGCUAUAAAUUGGUAGCAGAGCAGGUGCGGACUUGUGCAAGUCACUGCCCUGAGAUAGAUCCAUCCUGCACAUAGAAAAAACGAACAAUAUGGCCCCCUAAUACGUGAGGAAAAAACUUGUUAUUUAUUUUGCUCCAUUUUCCACCUUGUAAUGCAAUGGUAUCUAUUAUGUGGCUUAUUACUUUGUUAGGCUAUGUUGAAUCAAUCAAUAACUAUUCAUUGUUUAUAUAUACAGUAGUAAUCAGUAAUGUAA